CGAGAACAGACGGAAUUUUAUCUUUUUCCUCCCUUCAAAAAAAAAAAAAAAGUUUCAAGUAAUCGAAAGGAUCGUAAAUAAACAAUUUCAAAGAGAUUCGAUAGAAAUUAGCUGAAAAUCAAAGAAAAAUAUUGAAAAAAGUGUUUCGCAAUCGUCACAAAAUUUUAUGCUUGUGUGUGUCUCCUGCCUUACAAAAAUACCAAACACAUACAAAAAAAAAAUACUUUUUUGAAUAAACACAAGUGACACAAAGCAAAGUGCAGAACUAAAAAUUUCAACAAACAACAACAAAUUUCGUGUUUUUCUCGUACGUUCCAUACACGCAAAGCACGAAAAAAAAAUCUUCAAGGACUCAAAAGUUACAAAAAACUGAUGUCAUAAAUAGCUCAAAGUAGCUAUCCGACAACAAAAAAAAAUUAUGCGUGAAACUACCAACGGCGACUCAUUUUACGAAGAUAACAAUCAAUUUACCGCACCUUCGAGCACCUCGACGAGCAACAACAACAACAACGCCGCCAUGCCAAACUCACAGGGAAUCAAGAGGCCACACAGCUUGGACUUUAGCGGAGGCACAAAACUCGGCAAACGGAAAUUCAAUCAAUCGUUGCAAGUGGCUCCGGUCUUGGAUUCGCCCGAUAUUCAGAAAUUGGGACUCGCAACGCCCGACAUUGAAAAGUUUAUCUUGAACAAUCCGACGGGAAUUUUACAAACGCCUGGCGUUGGCAUGAAUUUCACACCAAAGGCGACAAUCGAACAAGAAGAAUUCGUCUCCGGAUUCGAUCAAGUAUUAAACGACAUUCGUAUCAAAAACGAGGCGAACAACAGCAACAACAACAAUAAUCAGACAAAUAGCAAUACGAGCAUCUCAACCAGCGUAACGACGGUAACAACGACGAGUAACAUGUCGGGCGGAGGAAUAAUUUAUGCGGAUUCCGUUCCUCUGGCGACAAUUAAAGAAGAACCCCAAACAGUGCCUCAAUCGCCGCCCGUCAGCCCGAUCGACAUGGAGAACCAAGAACGCAUCAAACUCGAACGGAAACGCCAGAGAAAUCGUGUCGCUGCGAGCAAAUGUCGCAAACGCAAGCUCGAACGCAUCUCGAAGCUCGAGGACAAAGUGAAGAACCUCAAAAGCGAAAAUGCGGAAUUGGGCGCCGUGAUAUCGGGCUUGAAGCAGCACGUGUUCAAACUCAAGCAACAAGUCAUCGAACACGUGAAAAGUGGAUGUUCUGUCAAUUUAGCGGGACAAUUUUAAGGUUUUUAGAAUUUAAGAGCUUUUUUAAAGAAAAAAAAAACUUCUAAGA